CACAGACUCUUCCAGGAUGCCGUCUACUAGCAUUUCCCUCCCUGUUCUCGUGGCUCUCAUGUGCGCCGAAGCGUGCAGAAGUCGUAUUGCGUAUCAAGGAGCCAAUCUCGCUAUGCAAUCCACAAUCAACCAAGAUCGCCACUAACGACCCAGAUAUAAUAUCUUCGGUGCAAUUUCCACAAUGUCAGCUAUCUUUCUCAGCCGCGGUUCCUGCAUGACCAUGACGCGAUCCGCAGGAACUAUGUAAAGCCAGCGCAACACCGCGACUUGGGACCCUGGUCGAACGACUUCGCGUUCAGGUUUCUGCACCUUCAUCGAGAUUACGCGUAGCGCGUAUUCGUCUGCAACCGGCAGCGUCAACCUUAAUUGAGCCUUGCCAUCUUCUACUUUAGGCCCGCUGCCCGUGCCACUCGUUGCUCAAGUUCCUUCUUCCAGCUUCUAGCUUGUAGCCUCCACCCUUGACGCGUUGUGUUACUGUCUAAUGGCUGUUCAGUGGGAGAAGUCACAACACACCUCUUUCACUCUAUGGGAUAUUGACCGCGAGUUUCAAAACGCAUACGAAGCAUACGAGCAAUGGCAAGCAAAGCACCGACGCAGCCGCCCGCUGUGGGCAUGUUUUGGUGUAAAGAGUCAGGAUGAUGCACUGGGCAAAGCAUUGAGUUUAGGGCGACAGGUCCAGCGCCUCAUGGAGACGGGCAAGCAGUUAUUCGGAAGGCGCUUUGAGCAAGGAGACUCGAAAUGCCACACCAUUCUUUCGGCGCAGCUUCUCAGACUUCAGUACGAGGUCAGACAGCCGCUGUACGACAAUGCAUUAUCUCCUACAUCAGUUCCAAUACCUUAUGACGACAUCAUCACAACCGCCAAAAGCAUCAGGCGCACUUGUGUCGAUGCCCUACGCGAGCAGUACGCUCGUUUCGACUCGAGGACCUCUGCACCUGUCCUACCACCUCCACGCUUCAAAAUUGACUUUUGUCCGUUUGCCGACCGACUACGGAAAGACGCCAAAGAGAAGAAAUCUAGCAGUCUUCGACCGAAGAAGGUUCGAUCCAAGAACCGCCAUGACGACCGAGAGACAUGCCCUGAUUGCCAUGCAUCCAUAUCCGUCACUGCACAUUCCGGCCUGCCAGACUACCGAUUCAUCCUCUUCACAUCACACAUCGCGCCCGACGCAAUGAAUCGCAGCGAAAAGGCAACAUUCGCCUGCAGCAGCUGCUACAAGACGUUUGACGAUUCGUAUGCCUUCCUCGACCAUGUCUUCCAGAGGCAGAUUGGGAGCGAACGGAGCUGUAUGAGGCGAACCAUGAGUGGACGGUGGACCAUUAACGAGGAUUUCAUGGAGAGCAAUCCAUCGCUGGUCGAGCAGUGCCUGAAGAACUGCUUGAGGAGAGAGCUUACGAGGGUCAGGACGCAGAAGAAGAUGAAGAGCCAGAUGAUUGUAAACGAGAAAGAGAUUCAUCCGGCUGAGCGGAAUUUGAAAGCCUUCGAGGCUUCUCCGCAAAACUCAUUCGACACGAAGUAAUCAAAGCGACGAUAUCACAAGACAGCACUCCCACGAUCCAUCGAUAAUCUCCGAAUGAUACUCGCUACUGCAUCGCCAUUUUUACGCAUAUUCUGGACGGACAUUGCAUUCUUAAGCUCCCGCCGCUACUGCUACGCCAUCCUUUCUUGACUUUCUUCCAUUGUAUACAUUCAUCCCGUAUAUUGGGAAGCGUAGGUUCGCCUCGCCCUUUACAUACUUCCCUUUGUGUAACGCAGUAAUGUCUCUUCACGCUUCACGUCUCGCAUAUAGACAGUAUAUCCGUUUAUAUCCAUGCUUCAGGGGUGAGGCUACUACAACCGACACGGUAUAAUGGUUUUCUCGAGAUACAAUACCGUCUUCAUCAGCAACUAUAUAACUCCUUAGAGAUAUUUAGACUUCUUUCAGAAACAAGAUAUAAACAUUAUGAAAAUUCGAUAAUAAAUAUACUGCCUUGCUGUG